UUUAUCGCGCAUCGUUACUCAUGUCCUAAACACAAACAUGGAGGAGGGCAGCUUCCCGUAGUGAUGUUAUACCGGUUUGGUUAGUGCACUUAGUGCUCAUUGACUGCAACAAUUACUUACAAAGUCCUAUCGGUUAGUUGGAAAUUUCUUGUGAAGUUUAACCAGAUAUAAUUCAAGAAAGUUAUGAAAUUGACUGUGUGCUUUGGACCCGUCAAAGUUAUUGUUCCUUGUGGAGAUGGAGAACUUACUGUUAACGACUUUAUUGAAAAGGCCACGUCCCGUUACAUCAAGGCUUCACAAAAGGAAAAUGUUGAUGAAAUUUAUGUAAAGCAUUUGCAAACAGAAGAUGCUGCUAUUUUAGAUCAUGAUGAUAUUAUUGCCGAUGUUUGUGAUGACCGUGACAAGCUGAUAGCAGUAUUUGAAGACAGGAGUCAGUUCAGCACAGAAAGAGUUGAUCUCUCCAGGGCAUCUCAUAUCAGAGCAUCAUCACAGUCAACUUCGUCCUCAGUCUCAGGAUUGUCAUCAUAUCAUUUGGAAAGGGAUCAGCCAGUAGCACCCCCUCCAAAUUUUGAGAAUGGAGAAGCACAAACUGUUUAUGGAGUUGACAAAGAAAGUUUUUCACAUAACGAGAAAACAGCUGGAAGGGAGGAUGGCAGAGAGAGGAGAAGAGAACGUCCUUGGAAGUCCAGCGAAGUGCUGAAGUCUUCCAAUUCCCAACCCGGACACUAUUCGUCCAAUUCAUCUACCCCAAUGUCCAGUCCGGACCCAUCGAAAGACGCUCUUGGCUUCAAUGGCUUUGACAGAAAUUUCAACCGGAAAUCACUCUCUGUUGGCCACCCCUUACUGUAUAGCUGGAUCGAUGCCCAAGAAAAGAUCAAUCAAAACACUCAUGCCCCGAGUGAGGAAAAGCCGGACAGUAGGCCUCCUCCAAUUACCAAACGUCUAUCCACUGGACAGGACGGCUCUUCGGCCACUUCAGUUGGGGAUUUCGACGACAUAGACGAUAUCUCCUCGACAACAAGUGAAGAAAUUGAGCUUGAAUCGCGGCUUAGGGAGGAUUUCGGUUUGCGAGUGCAAGGGUACAAGAACGCAGAUGGUAAAGAACUCGGGCUUAUAGUCCACGAGAUAAAGAACGAUACAAUUAUGGGCAAAAAUGGAUCCUUGAAUGUGGCCGAUAGAAUUACCGAAGUAAAUGGGGUGAAUCUUAGAGAUAAAACAAACACUGAAGCUGAAAAUAUCUUAAACGAUGCACUUGCAUAUGGCACUAUCCGUCUCAAAAGAACUCGAUCCCAUCACUUUAUUAGAGCAAGUCUUAGAGGGGAAUACCCUUCUGAACGGACUUUUAACUUACCCAGGGUCCCUGAAUCUGCCAUAGUGAAUAGCAAAGAGGCCCCAAAGAUAAUGAAACCCAUAGCAGCUUCAGAUCCGCGUGAAGCUCCAAUCGAAGAUCCAAAGAAUGAAGUUUCGGCUCCGAAGCCUGUUCAAGGAAAAACAAUUGCCAUUGAGCUUAGGAAAGGUGCAACUGGUCUAGGGUUCAGCAUUACAAGCAGAGAUGUCACAACGAAAGAGGCAAAUCCUGUUUACGUGAAAAACAUUCUCCCGAGAGGAGCUGCUAUUCAAGACGGUCGAUUGAAAGUUGGUGAUCAAAUUACCGAGAUUAAUGGUGUUGAUGUGAGCAAUAAAGAUCAGACAGAAAUUGUGAAUAUUUUGAAGAAGGCCACUGGGACAGUGAGACUUUUGGUCUAUAGACAGCAAAAUGAAGACACUGCGGAGGUGGAUGAAAGCGAUGAUGCAAUCGAUACUAUCUCAAAUGAUUCUGGUAUUGCGACAAUUAAAGAAGAAAUUUUGUCUAUGAAUAUUCCAUUGGAUGACCUCGGAUCGGCAGGCCUCGGAAUCAGUGUUAAGGGGAAAACGUCGGCCCAUGAUAAAUAUGACCUCGGAAUAUUCGUCAAGUCAAUAAUUAAAGGAGGGGCAGCUUCAAAGGAUGGGCGGUUAAAACCGGAGGAUCGUUUGCUACAAAUCAAUGAAAUUUCAUUAGACGGAGUUACAAAUGAGAAAGCAAUGGAAUCUUUGCGACAAGCGUUAACAGAAUCUGUAAAGAAAGGUUUCAUUCGAAUAGUUAUUGCGCGCAAAGCAAAACCAGAAGUAAUUGAUCCGGUUCCUAAUGGAAAGCCCGAACUGAUUUUGCCUCCUCUGGACCAAAUCGGUAUUCGUGAUUCUAAAACUAUAGAUGGGCAAGAUGAGGUAUCUCCUGGAAGGAACAGCUCACGAUUCAACACUGUUAACAUCAAGCCAGCUAGCAACGAAGACACGGAGAUUCAGCGAUCUCAACAUCGGCCAAAACCACACAGUGACCAAAUUAAACAGAAAACUUCCUCUCAGGACACUGUUAAAUUUGUGUCCGUGAGUUCUAGUGAAAUACCCGUUACACAACCUUGCAAAACUGUUAUUAUUGAACGGUCACCCAAUACCGAUUCUAGGCAAAGACUGCUGGUUGAAGUCAAAUCAACGGUGUAUCCUAAGGAAAAGCAAUCAUUUUAUCAGGAUGGCCAAACUAUGGUUAAAGAAGGAACACGACACAGUGACGGAGACAACAAAGAAUCAUUUGAAUCUAUACCUACCCCACCGUCGUAUCAGGAGGCUUUGAAACGGCGAUCAAUCUCUUCUUCAGAUAACGCCUCAAAUAGGGGCUCUUCUUUUUCCUCACAACAACAACCCUUUCAGCCAGAUCUUGAGGAUGGUGAGUGGCGUAAAGAUAUGGAUUUACUGCGUACCAUGUCAACAAGUUCAAGGUUUUCGUUGGAUUCGCUGAUGAUGAGUCCAGACGCCAUGCCCUUUUCGCGAGACGCAUUUGGUCGGCUGUCGAUGUCUGAGAGAAAGGGAAGGGCGCAUCUUGAUGCCACCAAAAGCGAUUUUUAUUCAAGGUUGAAGAAAAGCAAGAGUCUUGAAAAUGUCCAUUCAAUUAAGAACUUGAAUGCUCUUUCUCCGAUAAAAAUCACUUCGACGACUGCAGAUGCCAAUGGAGAUACAGAUAUCGUGCCAUUUCACGAAGCCGUCCGACGCACUGAGUCGCUUGAUACCUUGCUGAAUAGUUCGCACAAUAUCACAGAGGAAGAAGAUGCUUUCCGUAGAAACAGUAUCUUGAGCAAGAGCACUCCUUGGUAUGCCCAGAGAACAGUGUCCCCAACAGCUCUCAAACUAAGAUCGAGGAGUACUGCGUGGAAUGAUAGUUUUCGGAAUGCUGUCGACAAAACCCAGGUGUUUUACACUCAAAGCCUAAAAGAAGAUGGUGGAAGGCAACCAGUGGAAAAAUCAAUCCCCUUACGGCUUACAAGCAAUGCAAACUAUAUUGAAAAUCAGCAAUCGAGAAAAAAAACUGGCCUUUUCAAAGGACUUGGAAAUCUUUUAAAGAAAGGAAAAUUAAAAAAACCGGAAGGAAAAACCGAAAACAGAGAGUCCACUAAAGGAAAUGCAAGUAAUGGAGGACCAGUAGAUUAUCCACGUAGAGAGCGGCCUCACAGUGUCCACGAAGAAACCAUAUCACAUCAGCGCAACGUUGUUCAUGAUCCUGUAAGGGAAAUCGAAUAUGCAAAAUGGCAGAAAGAAGAAAGACUUGCUUUGCUACAAAAGGAACUCAAUAAAGUAGAAAAAGAAGAGCACCAAGUAAAUAAGAAAAUUAUCGAUAGAAAUGAACGGUUAAUCUAUUCUAAUGGAGAUACUUCCGUCAAGGGCAUUAGUUAUGACGUCAGGACCAUUGCGUCUAAGGAAGUUCGGCCUUUGACACAGGGUCAAGUCGCAGGAAAGAUGGGAGAGCACAAAUCUCUAUUACAACGUGGACAGGAAAGGAUUCAAAUGAAGGAGAAAAAGCAGAAUUCAGAUCAGCCCGUUGUUCAAGAUGUGAAAGGAAUCGAGACGGCAAGAAAAACUGCACUGACUGAGACGGAGAGAAACCCAUCCUACAGGAGCUCCCAAAGACAAACGAUAAGGGAUGAGCCCAAAUCUAGGCCAGGUAUGAAUGACUUUUCUAUGUCGCACUCUACGUCACAGCCAGCAAUGCAACAGCAUGGAACGGGUAGCAAUGAACAUAAAGGACCUAUAGCAGCAGAAAGCGAAACUGAGCAGAUGCCAGCCAAUCGUGUUUCUAGGGAAUUAAAUGACGAGGAUGCAGCCUCGAAGCAGCGGUACUUACCUAGUAGUCAGUUAUUUUAUUAUGGACACAGUUCCUUGCCUAGGAAAUUUACUGUAAACCAUGCCAGAAGCAAAAAUGCGGCUGAGAGUAAACAGUUGAAAAAAUACUCUGUGGAGGAGCAGGCGGAGGCCUUCAAGAGAGCGCAACCCAAAUAUGAAGAUUUCGAAGUUCGCGGAAGUAAAAGAGCUGCAGUCCAGCGUCGCAAUCAAAUGCAAGGUAACGUUAAUCAGAAUGCUGGGAGUAUCACCAUUUCUCACGCAGCUAAUAUCUAAUUUAUUCAUAUAAUUGAAUUCUGGUUUUAUUUCCAUUUUUUUCCAGUUGCAAUGCAAAUUUUGUUUUUUUUCUGGGAUGAUAAAAAUGACAAAUCACCGUAAAAUCUCUAUAAUCUCCUUCUCUAGUCGGAAAUUUGAAGAAAGCCCACUUCCUUAUGAAUCCCAAUCGUAAAGAGGAGGGGCUUCAAUCAAGAUGGUGCAUGCCGUUACGUCCCUUUGAACAUCACUUUCGAUGCUAGAGAUUCUCAUGCCAAAUGCAACUCAAUUUGAUUAAAGGACCUAAGGAUAAAGGAAACGGUUUUUUGUACCCGUCUCGUCUACUCUUUUACGCUAGCCCUUCUCUUGUGCCAUCUCUAUCUCUCAUAAGUUAGCCUUAAGUCUCAUAUAUUAAGAAACCGCUGGGGAUGAAUAGAGAUUUGACGGUAUAGUUAAAUAUAGAAAACUGGUACACUGUACUAUAUUUUAAGGAAGGCUUAGGUACCGAUGUGGUGAGUUAUAUGCAACGUAAUUAAAUAUGUAAUGCUUGUCAUAUUCUGAGUCAGAUUUUAAUAGUACCUAGCAUCGGAAUGGCGCUUAAUUUAGACGAGGGGAAUGUCUGCAACUUUGCUGUUCUUUUUCAAAUUUACAAACAUAGUCAACUUUUACGGUUCCAUUGCAGAUACAAACCGAUGUAGCAGCAGCCCCCCCUCCCUAUCAGAUUGUUCUCUUGAUAAAGUUCUAGUUUUGGCAAAGGCCUGAUUUCUGAAUGGCCAAGCCGUUAUAUGCAAAUGUCUUUAGGAAUAUGUCCGCCAUUACUCAAUGAAACUCGAAUACAAAAUGAACUUUCCUAUUCGAAUUUUGGCGAAUCUAAGGUUCUUAUUAAUUAAAUUAUAUUAUCCUUUAAUUUUAUCAAGAUGGACGUGAAAAUGUCACGAGCAAGCAAUUUCCUUCAUGCAUACAAUACUUUAGCUAGGUUUAUGCUUAGAAUGAGUUAACGCUGUCCCCCGCUGUCCAUUUUACACUUCUUCUAUUAAACUGUAUGUGCAAGACACGAUUGUAUACAUUUUAAGAACGUGUCAUUUCUUUUUGCAGAGAUUUCCUUUACCAGAUACUAAAUGUUUUUAGUCCACAAUAAUUUUGAAUGAAAUUAUUGUUUUCCUUAGCAGGAGUCGUACUGACAUUGCAAUAAGUAUUUAUUAGAUUUUCGCUAGAUUUUACUAUCGUUCAACGGUAGUUAGCUUGUUCUAGUCAGGUACCAGUCAGGUGAUCAAGUGUAGUUGCAUAGGAAUUUGUAAUGUCUGAAGCAGUUGUAAAGUAAAAAUACUGGAAUCGUGUAAUAUUAUUGUACAUCUAACUAUCAUGAUGUAAUAGGCGCAAAAUUUGGUGUAAUCAUAUUUUCUGGUUUUAAUAUAUUGUCAUAAAUAAAAUGUAUAUUUCAAGAUUUAUAUUUCGUGUCAUUUGCAACAAUCAUCAAAAAAGUUAUGGUUAAGAGCAGCAAAGGAGCAAAACGGAUAUUAAUAACCUGCGUUUCGCCAUUCGUGUAAAAAUACCUACCUACGUCCGUUAGGGGCUUUUAAAAAUUCAGCUCAGAUACUGCAUUACACGAUUUCUAAAAAUUCUUUUUUCACAUUCCUUUUAUUUUUCAGUUGUUCUUUUAAAUGGUUUUGCAAGAGUAUUCUAAUACGCGUUUAAGUGGUUCAGUUCUGAUUAAAUUAGCUUUGGGUAAAUUGUGACACAAUUAGUCGAUGUAUAAAGGUUGUAAAUGUUAAUGUUUUGAACAAAUUUCAUAUCGGGAAUA